AUUAUCUUUACAAUAUGUUGAAUUUAAAAAAUUAUAUACUAAGUUAAGCUGCUGUUUUCUACCUAAUUAAUAUUGUUUUUGAGUGAUUUAAUAGUUUAAAAAUAUCUUAUAAUAAUUUUGCUGAUCAUUAAUAUAUGAUGAUAAUUAUGAGUUUUCCCUGUUAUGCUUAAAAAAUAUUCUUCAAUGGACAAUUCAAGUUCAGAUAAUAUUAUUGAAAUGGACGCAGUCAAUCAACAUCAAAAACAAAAGUUUUAUAAAAAACAUUUCAUUGCAGUUUUAGAACGUUGUGAAAGGUUGCAACAGGACAAUGAACGCCUAGUUUAUAGAAUCCAUCAAGUAUCUAAACAAUUGAGACGUGUUAGAGUGGAAAGAAAAUUCAUUAUGGACAGGUUAGAUAAACAUAGAGAUAGCUGGAGAGAAGCUAAACUUCAAAUUGACUUAGGACAUGAUUCACCUAUAUCUGAUGGUGUUAAUAUUAAGCAUCCAGGCACAUCUGAUACUCCUAAUAGUAAACGCCAUACAAAUGUUAAAUCUACAGAAAAAAAAGAUCCCAAUUUACCCAAACGACCAGCAAAUCCAUUUUUCCGCUUUUGUCAAGAACAAAGACCUAUUGUCCUUGAUCAAAUCAUUAUGUCAGGGGAAGGUGAACCUACCAAACAAGAUUUAACUAAAAGAUUAGCUAUUACAUGGAACACUAUGGGACACAAUGAUAAAAAGGUAUAUUAUGACAUGUACGAGAGAUCAAAAGAAAAAUAUGCAGCAGAUAUGGAGGAAUAUACUCUCACUAAAGCUAUAAAUGCAGUCCAACCUACUAGUUCAUAAUUAUGUGAACAAAUGAUUUGUGUCAUAAUUACUAGUUCAAAUUAUGAAUGAAUGUAAAAUUUCAUAUAAAUAUUGUAUAUAUUAUGAUAAAAUAUAAUAAACACCUAUGAUUGGAUUUUUUAAACAA